AUGGCAACCAGCGCAUCCACUGAUAAGCCUGAGCUUGUCUCCUGGGAAGUGCACCGAGAGAACAAAUUCGUUGCCAGUGUGGCUAAGGUUCUCACCUAUCAUAAGAUACCAUGCGUCCUGAUUGGUCAGGCCUAUCAUAAAAUUAUUGGAAUUCCUAGCAAAAUUCAUACUAUUAGUUUCGCAAUUGAAGAUGGAGACCUUGAGCGGGCUGGAAAGCUCCUAGACGAGGAAGGGCUGUCACGUCAGUGCAAGAAUGGAAGUCGCUGCCGCUAUUCUCAGGCCAGAUUCUGCUUCAGCAACCCCGAGCCCGACUUGCUAUUCCACGUGGAUGUAGUUCAGGGCAGGACGCCACUUCCUGAAGCCGGGCAUCUCAGCCUCUUUAGCAAAGACAAAUGGCUUCCUCAUGUUCCCGCCCUUAACCUUGGCCCUCCGGGUGACAGUAAUUCUUACUUCAUUUUGGCAAACGAUAGGCGCCUGCCCUCUUGGUGUGAGGAGCAUCGCAGAGCGCGUAGAGAUGGCGACCGGGUUACCGCGUCCAAGUGUGUCUGUGGGCUUAUUGUUGAACCAGAAUACACAGGUGGUCGAUAUAGGGAUAAUCUUCCUCCCGUUAAUAUUCUCCGUCCCGCCCGUCUCAUCGAAACGUGGGUGCGCUCUCAAUUCAACGAAUGGCUCAUAGAGUACCACCGGGAUGGCGAGGCUGGUGACGACCAGGGACGGUUCUGGAACGGGCUGUACUCCUUCGAAGCCUAUAAUUUGUGGAAUCCUAGUGCGUUCGAGCCGGAGUAUCGAGAAUGGUGGGCAUACGUACGUCUUACUGUCGAUUGGGUCCGAGGUAAAGCAGCACCCGAAAGACGAGAUGCGGCCGCGGCAGCUCGAGAAGCACGAGUAGGACUUCAGCGUAAUCGGGAGCAGUUGAUGAAACGGCUCAAAGAGAGUGAAAAGAUGCUUCCUUGUAUUGGUGUCAGCCCAGUCUAA